AGAUGAGUGGUGGAGAAGAAGAAAUAUUAACAUAAAGGAUGAGUCUCCUUGUUAUGUGUCUAGUUUUCAUUUCCAUAAUCACCAACACACUUUCACUAACUCAAGAACAAGAAAACGAUCGAAUCACCGCGUUGCCAGGGCAGCCGGAGGUGGCGUUUUCCCAGUUUUCGGGUUAUAUUACCGUCCACAAGAAACAUGGUCGAGCCCUUUUCUACUGGCUAACUGAAGCUGCAACUCCCAAUCCACUUCUCAAGCCUCUUGUACUUUGGCUAAAUGGAGGACCGGGUUGCUCAUCAAUAGCAUAUGGUGCAUCAGAAGAAAUUGGACCAUUUAGAAUUAACAAGAAUGCAUUUUCACUCUAUCUCAAUAAAUAUUCUUGGAACAAAGAGGCAAAUAUUCUAUUUCUCGACUCUCCGGCUGGUGUUGGUUUCUCGUACACGAAUACAAGCUCCGACCUCAAGGACUCGGGUGACAAGAGGACGGCUAGUGAUGCGCUAAGAUUCCUCAUAAGAUGGAUGUCAAGAUUUCCACAAUACAAAUAUAGGGAGUUCUAUAUAUGUGGAGAGAGUUAUGCAGGUCAUUACGUUCCUCAAUUAAUGAAGAAAAUCCAUGAUUACAACAAGAAUCACCACUAUCCAUUCAUCAAUCUAAAAGGAUUCAUGGUAGGGAAUGCCUUGACAGAUCACAAGUAUGAUAACAUUGGAACAGUAGAAUAUUGGUGGACUCAUGCGCUCAUAUCAGACGCAACAUACAAAACAAUUAUGAGUUGUUGCAAUUUCUCAACACAAAAACAAACCAGAAAAUGCGAUAAAGCAAUACUUUAUGCAUGGAGUUAUGAGAUGGGAGGCAUCGAUGAGUAUAGUAUUUACACACCAAAAUGUAACAAUCCAUCAGGUAAUUUUACAUCAAGCAGGCUCAAGAACAGUCUGGUGCGUAGACGCGUUUCAGGCUAUGAUCCAUGCGUUGAGAUGCGAGCUGAGAAGUACUAUAACCGGCCCGAUGUACAACACGCAAUGCAUGCAAAUUACACAAGGAUUCCAUAUAAGUUCACUGCUUGCAGUCUUGAAAUGGUGGAAAACUGGAAGGAUUCUCAGUUUUCGUUGCUACCAACAUACAAGGAGCUAAUCCCGGCUGGUUAUAGAAUAUGGGUGUAUAGUGGUGAUACAGAUGCGAAUGUGCCAGUUACUGCAACAAGAUUAUGGUUAAGCAGUCUCAAUUUGACGGUUAAGACCAAGUGGUAUCCAUGGUUCGUGAAUGGCCAGGUUGGAGGAUGGACUGAAGUUUAUGAUGGGCUAACGUUUGCAACGGUUAGGGGAGCUGGUCAUGAAGUCCCUUUGCUUCAGCCUGAAAGAGGGUUUCUUCUAUUCGAAUCAUUCUUGGCUGGUAAAAACUUACCAAGGUGAUGAACUUGUUGUAUUGAAGUUUAAAUGGAAAUUGUUGUGCUAACGUAUCACGACUAAUUAAACUCUUGUGAUGUUAUAAGUUAUAAGAUAUAUAAAGUAUUGCGAACGAUCA